UUCGCUUUUAGCUAAUCUCAUUUUUCCCUAAACUAAAAAUCAUAAACAUGAGGGUAUGAUUAAGAUGCAAAGAGAACAGUCUUCAACCACAAUUGGAGAUCGCCUAUAAAUUAGGGCGAAUAUAGUCCUUGGUUUCAAGAUUAUCACAAUGAAAUCUACAGAAAAGGACUCACACACUAUAGAAAGUUUAGAAAGCGCCGCAAGUAGCGAAUUGGGAGUGUUCAAAGAUCCAGCUGUUGCAGAGUAUUGGAGACUUAAAUACGAAUCCUGCAACUAUGAGGGGGCACCUUUUUUUGACCCAGAAAUGGUCUGGACAAAGAAUGAAGAGAAGAAACUUGUUAGGGCUUUAGAUUUAAAGGUGUUUCUUUGGGUUUUCUUCCUGUUUUGUUCCUUAGACUUGGUUAGAAGAAAUGUUACAAGAGCUGUUGCUGACAACUUUUUGGAUGAUUUGGGCAUGACAACAGACGACUACAACUUAGGACAAGCAAUGAACCUCGUGGCAUUUUUAUGUGCCGAAUUACCAGGAAAUUUACUUUCUAAACGAUUUGGUUGCGAAAUCAUCAUCCCAGCGCAAAUGGUCUUAUGGUCUAUUUUGUGUAUUUGCCAAACUGCUAUCAAAAACAAGGGGGCAUUCAUUGCAUUCAGAGUCCUUAUUGGUGUCAGUCAAGGCGGUUUUAUUCCCGACAAUAUUUUGUACUUGUCGUACUAUUAUACGUCGACAGAGCUUCCUAUUAGGUUGGCAAUCUUCUGGACAGCUAUCCCAUUAUUUCAAAUUCUCGGGUCUCUUUUAGCCUCAGGAAUUAUUGAAAUGAGAGGAAUCCAUGGCCUUGCUGGAUGGAGAUAUUUGUUCUUAAUAGAAGGGUUCAUUACUUUGGCAAUUGGAAUUGCAAGUUGGUAUUUUUACAGGGCUGGGCCCACACAAACCGAAAAUAAAAUCUUCAAAACCAAACCUUGGUUUAACGAGCGGGAAGUCAAGAUCCUUGUGAACCGUGUUUUACGAGAUGACCCACUGAAAGGUGAUAUGAACAACAGACAAGGGGUUGACUUCGUGAGUCUCUUUAGGACUUUGAAAGACUACGAUUUAUGGCCAUUGUUUAUUCAAGGGAUCAUGGCGUUCAUCCCUUUUCAACCAGUGACUAAUUAUAUGUCUUUGAUAUUAAAGCAAAUGGGAUACUCCACGUUUAUGUCGAAUAUCUUGGUUAUUCCUGGCCAAUUCUGGUUCUUAGUUAAUUUACCACUAGUGGUGCUCUUCAGCCAUUAUAUCAAGGAGAAGAGCAUCUGUAUCGGUUUGUCCAACAUUUUCAUUUUCCCAUUUAUAUUGGCACUUGUGGUGCUUCCAGUCACUACUAGUCACUGGGUGAAGUACGUGUUGUUGAUUGGAAUCUUGGCUCAGCCCUAUACUCAUGCAAUUCUUGCAGCCAAUGUUUCGCAAUACUCCAAUACGGUACGGGCCCGCGCAGUGGGAACAUCCCUCUAUAACAUGUGCUACCAAGUGGGAAGUAUCAUAGCCACACAGUUGUACAAGUCAUCGGAUCUGCCCAACUAUACCAAGGGAAAUGCCACUAUAUUGGGAAUCUGUUGUUUUAACAUCGCAUUUGCGUUCUUCUCCAAGUUCUACUAUAUCCAGCGGAACCAGCAGAAAGAGAAAAAAUGGCAGCAAUUGAGCAAGAACGAACAGGAAGAGUACUUAAGAACCACUAAAGAUCAGGGAAUGAAGCGUUUAGACUUCCGCUUUGUCCAUUAGUUUAGGAUUUAAUAUAAAUGUGAAAGUAAAGCAGUAAAAGAAGUAAGCAGAAUAUAACUCAGGAAAUAUAAGGAAAGUUUUGACCUACUAAGAGGCAUUAAACCUCUGUGAUCUCUGGAACCUCCAUUUCCUCGUAUGAUAUAUCAUCUCCAACCUUUUCAUUGUCGGUCCCAAUCUACCUCAUUCGGAUAAGUUACCCAGGGAGUGUCCCGAUCAAUAAAUCACCAGUGAGUUUCGACCCUCGACUGCAAACACCCGACCUGGCACCAGAUUAUCCGGGUUCUCCGGCGUUCGGAGCCGUUUUGGCCAUCGCCAGCUUCUUCGAGUUUCGGUGAUCGCCACCGCAUGCUGUCUGUGGGAAAAGCAAUAUGGUUUGCGGCCAUGGCUAUGGAUAUAACUGUAAUCAAGGGUCCACCUUACAAACCUCUUACACCACUAGUAAAACAAACCCACACAUAAAAUACAUCUUUGUCCCACCCCCUGCCAGCGUCUUUUUUCUCGGCUGCAUCUCGUGUCUUUGGGGUUAUAUUGUCCCAAAUCCCGAGUUUCAGCCGUUGGCUGGUCCUGGUUCGUUAACGCCCUGGGCGCCAACGUUAGAGUAUAGUGGGGGUCGUGC